UAGUCGAUGAUUGAUGAUUCGCGUACGUCGUGCAAGUGAGGAGAAAGUAAUUUGAAAUAUUUACCUAUAUUAUUUGCAUAUAAUAAUCGAAUCAAUGAGUUAUAUCGCGUGAUGAAGAUUAUUGCUGCAGUAUUUGAAAAAACAGGAUGCCGAGAGGGGAGAACCGACCGAGCGUCCUGUUAUCUCGCGAAGAAAAUGAACAGGUGUUUAGUCUUAUAGGACCAAAAUGUCAGAGUCUAGCUACUGCAGUAGUGCAGUUAUUCACAACAGAAGGCCCAGGUCAUACAGAAUGGAAGAAAAAAGACACUGGCGUACUGUGCCUCAUAAAGGACAAUGCCAAAAGGUCCUAUUUCUUCCGGAUAUAUUGUCUAUACCGGAAGACUAUGAUAUGGGAACAUGAGGUCUACAUGCAAAUAGAAUAUAGAAGUCCUAGACCAUAUUUACAUACAUUUGAAGCAGAGGAAUACAUGACAGCAUUUAACUUCGCAAAUGAAGAUGAGGCGCGCGCCUUGAGAAACAUUCUCAUAGAGAAAAUCGAAAUGCGGAAAAAAAGACGCGAAGAUAGACGUCAUCGUUCUAUGGAAGCGGCUAGAGCUAACAGUACAGGUUCGAAUCAGUCUCGUAUGAAUGGAGUCGCCCACGCUCCACCACCCGCUCUACCACCCGCUCCUACGCCCGCUCCGCAACCCGUUCAGCCGCAGAAAACGAAUACGAUAUCAAGUUAUACACUAAAAGGCAAGAAACCGAAAGCGAGAAAGCUCACAAAAGCCGAUAUCGGCGCACCACAGGACUUCAAACAUGUUUCACACGUUGGUUGGGAUGCUGAAAAAGGGUUUGAUGUCGGCAACCUUCCGGAAGCGGAUAUGCGUUCGUUCUUCUCGAAAGCGGGAAUAAGUGAUAUUCAGCUUAUCGAUCGGGAUACGCGACAAUUUAUUUACGAUUUCAUCAACACUCAUGGAGGAUACGAUGCCGUCAAGGAGGAGUUGCAUGAAGAGCCACCUAAAUAUUCCCCCCGCAGUGGGGCGGUGCCUCCCCCACCGCCUGCUCCUCCCGUGCCUUCGAGAGCGCCGCACGCGCAUCCGCCCGCCCCACCGUCCAGGGCGCCUCCUCCGCCCCCGGCACGGGCGGUGCCGCCUCCCCCGCCACCCCCCGCUAUUACAGCGCCACGGAACCCGCCGCCGCCCCGCCCGAACCAACCUCCAUCUGGUGGCCCUCCGUCGGUGCCGCCUCCUCCGCCACCCAGCGCUGCGCCGCCCGCCCCGCCUCCGCCUCCUCCUGCCCCAGCGCCGCCGCCCGCCCCGCCCAUGCCGGCAGAAGCCAGCAACGACCCUAGGGCGGCCCUCAUGGAUAGCAUACGCAACGGGAAUAAGACUUUACGGAAAGUUGAAGCGGUCGCUAAACAGCCAGCCAAUGAAGAUAGCAGAAGUAAUUUGCUCAGCGAAAUAAGACAGGGAUUUAACUUGAGAGCCGUAAAGCCCCCCAGCACAAACCAAGUGACGGAAGAUAGACCUCCCACGUGCGGCCUAGCGGGCGCUCUCGCUAAAGCUUUACAGGAACGUGCACGAGCCAUACAUUCAUCGGACUCCGAAGACAGCGAAACUACUAGCGACGGAGAGUGGGACGAUUAGACAUCUCUUACAAAAGCCCUUCCUCCGGUUUUAGCAAAACUGAACCUUUGUAUGUGAGGCGAUGACAUAGUGAGUGUUUUAAGUAGCUCUUUGAUGAUUAUUAUUGUUGAUUCAUCCUCUUGAUAAAGCUUACACAUCUGUUAUAUUGAUAUUGUCUUUGGUGUACGCGUUUCACGUUGCAAUAUCUAUUUAUACGCGAAUUAUUUUAAUCAACGUUUUGAUGACUCAUGGUCAGCGAGAGGUAUUUUACUAUUUGGUGAUU